AUGAGACUCGAGGUACUACUUACUCGUCCCGAGGGCAUCGAAAACCACUCCGAAGACUUCGAAAACCUCCCCAAAAGCAUCGAGGACGGCCCCGCAGACCCCGGGUACUGUCCCGCCUCGAAGACGCCACGGACGCGAUCCACCCACGAAGCGCUCGCCACGCGCUCUGACACCGACUUGGGACGACGUACGGGUCGCACGACGCCUCAGAUGAGCAAGAUCGAGGCGUGGAUCGCCGGCGAUAGGCUGACCGCGGCGUUGGUGGCGCACCCGGCGAGCGGGAGGAGUGUGGAUCGCGUCUCCGUCGACUGUUCCGCCUCCCGCCAGGACGAGGCGACAGUCAGCGUCUUGCAGAUCGUACAAGGGGACGACGGCAAGGCCCAGCCUCCUGUGACACCGGGAUCACGCCCGACAAGAUUACCUAGUCAACUGGCAUUCAGGUCAUCCGCACCGGCCCGUCCCCUUGCCUGCAAAAUCGCCAAGCUCCCGCGCACCAACGCCUCGUCCCUGCGCUCCAUCGCCUUGUCCCCCGACACCAUCGCCUCGUCCCUGCGCGACAUCUGCAAGUCCCCGUGCUAUCAACAUCCACGGUGGCGCUUUCCGACGACUGGGGUUGUCGAGUCGUUAGGAAUCUCGCUGAUCAAGACUGCGAGGGCGGACGCGUAUCAGCGCUGGGGCCCUCGGCGACGCCCGAGCUCCCUUCGACGACGUCAAGACUCCCUCACGCCCCUUCGUGUCGCCUCCGAGACUCACGAAAUGGCCAUCUCGACGUCGAAAAAUCGUGUUGGGUCCCCGCGCGAGCGCGGAGUCGCGGCUACUCAUCGUGAGUCUAGUGGCGAGACCGCUUACCUGUUCCCCUCCCACCCGCCGCAAAGGGAGGAGAGGAAGGGGGAGGAGGAGGGAGGGAGGGGGAGGAGAGGGGGAGAGGACGGUGCUGUGAGAGCGAAAGUAGCCACGUAACAUAGCGAAAAUCGCGUAGCUUAAGCGCUCGCUCCGCUCGCGCGCGCAAAGGGGAGGUGGAGCUCCUGCCCGCGCGAAAAACGGGCGAUUCGGCAAUUGCCGAACGGUCCCAAGGGCGGAGGGGCAGGCGGCGGGGCUGGGGAACGUGUAGCGAGCAAACGAGGACGGUGGUUGAGGACGA